UCAUCUCCCGGUGCUCUACGAUCACAUACGAUAUCACGACGUGAUAGAGAUGACCUGGAAGCCGGGGUCAGUAGGGCUUGAAUAUGCCGGGAAGUAACAUUCCUAAUGGGCGAUCUUUUACUCGGCCCGUCCGCGAGAUCACUCCAUCCGUCAUGUUGCACGGGCGUUGGGGCAACCCUAGGGUCAUGUUCGAGGCUUCGUUGGAGGCAUAGUACACGCGUAUCAUCCCUUUAUAGAAAGCGAGGUCGCAUCGUGAGCAUUAUAAGUGUACAGAACAAGCACGAGCGUUUUAUUUCUCUUCUUUCCUCCUCUUCCUCUUCUUGGACCAACUCGAUACCUGGUAGUCUGGGCCUCUAUUACUCCCUCUCCCUUGAAUCAGCAACCUGCAAGGCUAGUUUGAUAAAUAUGAAGCUCGAACUCGCCUUUCUAACAACUGCGCUUUUGGGAACGGCCCUCUCCCUCCCACAACAGGCUUCAAACCUGACCACACGGAUCCAACGUCGCCUCGACCGCCAAUCUCACCCCAUCGCCCCUAUAGAUGGCGGCCACUCCGGCCCCCUGGCUGGAUUCCGAACUAGCGAUAAUGCUGCCGUCGUCUACAGCACCAACUGGGCCGGUGCAGCGCGCGAUCAACCGCCUCCAGGAGGACCCUACACAGCCGUCAGCGCAACAUUCACGGUACCGAAACCCACAGGGGGACCGGGACCAAUGCAGGCAGGCUCUGCGUGGGUAGGAAUAGACGGGGACACAUACAGCGCAGCGAUCUUGCAAGCCGGCGUGGACUUCUACUAUGACAACGGGAAGAUUUCAAAUGAUGCCUGGUUCGAGUGGUUCCCCGACUAUGCGUACGACUUCAACAUCAAAAUAAACACAGGAGAUGUGGUUGUGGCCAAGGUGGAGUCACUUUCCCCGAGCGAGGGUGUGGUUAUUAUUGAGAACCAGACGACGGGGCAGAAGGCCACGCAGAACAUCGGGGCGCCCAAGCCGGAGGCGACGCUUGGAGGGCAGAAUGCGGAGUGGAUUGUUGAAGACUUUCAGAGUGGGGAUUCGGUUGUCCCGUUUGCAGAUUUUGGGGAGAUAACUUUUACUGGAUGUGAGGCGCGAGCACAAAACGGGGAUGUGGUUGGAUUGAACGGAGCCAAGAUCAUCGAGUUGAAGCAGGAUGGCAAGAUCAAGACGGAGGUUACAGUGCACGGUGAGAAGACUCUUAGUGUUAAGAGCAAGCUGUGAUAGGCGGCCGGCUUGUAUAUAUGUCUAGCAUGUUGGAGUGGGCGUCGAGGCGUUGCGUUUCAUUCAUUUCCCCUAGUGUGAUGAGCUUCUGAGAAGCAUGUUCUUGAUCUUUCUGGCGAGUCAAUAGUUAUAUAGAUAUUUGAGGUAGGGUAUCAUAGGCAGCAUCUAUAAUAUUGCGGCACCGAUGCUGCUCUAGAUUGUUUAAUGGGUUCUUGAUUGCAAUGCUCACCGUUCCUGCGCUGUCGAAGGGCAUAUUCGUCCGAUGCCAACGAAGACAUUCUCAUGUUCCAAGAAACUUGGUCAAUAGUAUGCCCAAAUUUAGGCGCCAAGGAUGUACUAUAAUGAAUGACAGCGCAUCGGCUUCCGUGCAGGUUUGAUUA